AUGUAUGGUAUUCUUCUUGCGGAGCGGCUUGGCGGUUCAGUGCUGCCUGAUGUGAAACAGACCGUGGAGUUUCCCCUUCAUCAGUUGACUGGUAGUCCUGAGUCACCUCCAUUGGGAUCACGUCCGAUGUGGUAUGAUCUACCUAACCCGCCUCUCAUCAGCGUCGGAGAUCCCUCCCCAUUUACGACUGCCGAGUUUGUCCUCGGGGAAGGAUCAAAGCAAGCUUUUUUGGAUCCCAGUUCCUGCCACAGUCCCAUAUCCUUUUCGUCCAUUCGUCCACCGGAAGACCGUCUACGCUUCUUUACAGCUUCUGACCUACACGUGGCAAUCGGUCCCUACUCUCACGCAAUGGAUAUUUUCGGUGAUGGCAGCAUAUCGUUGAUGCAUCUGGUACUUCUCUACUGGCAUGCUGACAGGCAUAUCAACAUCCUUGCACGCACUUCCCAAGAUGGUGCUUGGAUCUUGCUAGGCGCAGAUUCAGCUCAUCACCCUGAUCUGAUCACUGGGAAGAUGCAAGUCGCGUGCAGUGUCGACGCGACAACGGGCGUGGUGACAUGUGCCCACCAGUACAAGGCAGUCGCGGAUGAGAACAUUCGCAGAAUGAGGUCGUUGUUGGAGAUAUCCAGGGUGCAGGUUCUGGUAGCACAUGAUAUAGUAUGGUAUGAACAAAACAAGGGUAAAGAAGUCUUCUUACCCUACACAAUACCGCCACUCGUAUAAUGAUGGGUGAUAUGGGAGUCAUGCCAUGGUAGAUGCCAUGCAUUUAUUACAGUACAGUACAAGCUAGACUGGCGACCAGCUACACGCAACGUAGUGGAUGAUCUAGGAGGAGCGCAACUCGAACAGUACAUUAAUAUAUUUUGGUCAACUGUGUACAAUAUGUUAAUAAUCAGACCCACUCCCAACAAAGCAUAACCGCUACCGAACAACCUAAUACC